AGUAAACUAGGGGUGGAGGAAAAAUCAAUUCAGUCACAAAUCGUGAUCUACUGUAAUUAUGUUGGUCGCAUUUGUUCCAGCUAAUAGGUGUGCCCAGUUGCACAGAGGCUGAUUUUGUUAAGGGACUGACAUGUGCAAGUCUGGCAUGGUGAGACCAUCAAACAGCAGAGUGCAGAGAUGUUUCCGGCAUGGUGUCAAUUUAAAUCCUAAGUCUGGGCAAACUGGGCCACCUAGACAUGAGAAGGGCUAUCUGCUUGGGUUCACUGUUUGGUGCAAAUUUGGUUCAGCAGGGAAACAGACUGUCAGUAUGUCUGAACAACAAAACCUACAAGACGCUUAUUUGCACAUUAAAACUAAUUAUGUAACUCAAAAAAAUGAUUCCAUCGUAACAAUCACGAUGAACUAAAUCCUUAGUGCUCCUAACUCUGAAGUCUGGCUGCAUAUCUGUAGUAAUAAACACUCCAAUAGCCUUAGCUGUUUUUUUUUUUAUUUAAUUUACUGCCAAAAUCGUCUUUAAAUGUCACAGGGAGAUUAAUAACUUGCAGAGGCUGUUUCUGCCUUGGUCAUACACACUCAGGUGAUGUCGUCUCGAAUGAGCAUCUGAGUUUGGUGUAACAUAGCCAGCAGACAGUCCUAGUCUUAUCGACGACACUCUCUCUAGUGCUGGUGUCAUGUUCCCAAACUUCUGAUCUCAGUGACAUGGGAGGGUCUUUCAGUUCUCCGGUCCGAGCCGUAACCAGCUCACAGCCACAAUUAGCGUAGCGUUGCACAUCUGCUUGUGAGUUUAGGUUUCGCCUGUGUCAAGAAAUGGAUUCGUUCUUUUCGACGCAUGUUCAGAACCAAAAACCAUACACGGUGAAUACGACACAGACCCUCUGUUUACGUUAAAUGUAGACCUGAAAUGUUCUUCAGCGAAAAGUAUUUUAAAUUGUGAUAAAUAUGAAAGAGGCAAAUAUGGAUUUAAUGUUGAUUUGGAUGGUCAUUUCCAAUUCCUACCCCUGCAAUAAACAGUCAUCUCCUCACCUCCUGUCUAUAACCUCACCUCCUGUCUAUAACCUCACCUCCUGUCUAUAACCUCACCUCCUGUCUAUAACCUCACCUCCUGUCGGCUCUGUAAUUACACUAAAUCAGCAUGAGGCCUACAGCGGGCUGGUGAGAGGUUAAGUAUGUAAGUGACAAGAUGGACGUGGCCCAUUGCUGACCUUCUGUACCGAAUUGGGACACAACAGGGUUCAGCGAAGCAGGGGGCUGCCGACUGCCUCACCCCACACAAGACUGAAAAGACAAACAGAGUACAGACAUCAGGGGUGAUGUGAAGCGCACUGGCACGCUAAUCUGGGCCCUGCAUGUGGCACAAGGAGAAUCAGGAGCGGCGAGUUGGGUUCAGGGUCCGAAGAGAAAUCUGUCCUCCUCUAUCAUAAAAUAUACAAUAAAGACAAUAUGAGCUCAGCAACAAGCAGCAGCAAUUCAGGUAAGUGCGGAGUGAGUCCAGGACGGGCGGCUGUACAUAUGGAAGUCCGGCAGAGGAGAGCCCGGGGCAAACAGGCCAGACCAUGGGAACCAGACGGGCCCAGGGUUAGUGUGAGACAGACCAGGACAGAAUGAACUGACAGGCAGACGAGUGUGAAUGACUCCAGGAAAACACCCAGCUGCAUAAGGCUCAAAUAAAGGCUAAGCAGGAAGUAGCUGACAGAGCAUAUAAGAGACGCAAUUGCAAAGAGAGUGAGCAAAGCAGACACUAGACACGUAUAAUCUAAAAAAAAAAAAAAAAAAAAAACACAUCCAUAAGAUAAAUCUUUAACCUGAGAUGUGCAGACACAUGCGCUCAUUCCCUGGUGCACAGACACAGACGCUCAUUCCCUGGUGCACAGACACAGACGCUCAUUCCCUGGUGCACAGACACAUGCGCUCAUUCCCUGGUGCACAGACACAGACGCUCAUUCCCAGGUGCACAGACACAGGCGCUCAUUCCCUGGUGCACAGACACAUGCGCUCAUUCCCUGGUGCACAGACACAGACGCUCAUUCCCUGGUGCACAGACACAGGCGCUCAUUCCCUGGUGCACAGACACAUGCGCUCAUUCCCUGGUGCACAGACACAUGCGCUCAUUCCCUGGUGCACAGACACAUGCGCUCAUUCCCUGGUGCACAGACACAUGCGCUCAUUCCCUGGUGCACAGACACAGGCGCUCAUUCCCUGGUGCACAGACACAGGCGCUCAUUCCCUGGUGCACAGACACAGGCGCUCAUUCCCUGGUGCACAGACACAGGCGCUCAUUCCCAGGUGCACAGACACAGACGCUCAUUCCCAGGUGCACAGACACAGACGCUCAUUCCCUGGUGCACAGACACAGGCGCUCAUUCCCUGGUGCACAGACACAGACGCUCAUUCCCUGGUGCACAGACACAUGCGCUCAUUCCCAGGUGCACAGACACAGGCGCUCAUUCCCUGGUGCACAGACACAGGCGCUCAUUCCCUGGUGCACAGACACAGGCGCUCAUUCCCUGGUGCACAGACACAGACGCUCAUUCCCUGGUGCACAGACACAGACGCUCAUUCCCUGGUGCACAGACACAGACGCUCAUUCCCUGGUGCACAGACACAGACGCUCAUUCCCAGGUGCACAGACACAGACGCUCAUUCCCUGGUGCACAGACACAGGCGCUCAUUCCCUGGUGCACAGACACAUGCGCUCAUUCCCUGGUGCACAGACACAGACGCUCAUUCCCUGGUGCACAGACACAUGCGCUCAUUCCCUGGUGCACAGACACAUGCGCUCAUUCCCUGGUGCACAGACACAGACGCUCAUUCCCUGGUGCACAGACACAGACGCUCAUUCCCUGGUGCACAGACACAGACGCUCAUUCCCUGGUGCACAGACACAGACGCCCAUUCCCUGGUGCACAGACACAGACGCUCAUUCCCUGGUGCACAGACACAGAAACAUGCAGUCAUUCUUUUGUCCAUGUGUUCAAUUCCUGACACACACACUCUUAUUUCCUUCGGUGUGUCUGUGUGGCAAUGCGGAUGACUGUGCUGAUCUGGGGCCACACCUGAUCACCCCAGGCCAGCUCCAGAUGUGGCACAGACAGACCCCAAGGGGGGAGAACCACGGGCCAGAAUAACCAGCAAGAUAGCCGGCGCGCCCCUCCCUGGAGCCCCGGCCAUCUGCAGGAAAGACGGAACGUGAAGCCACCUGCAUCCCGCCCCCUGGCGCGCAGGGGUCAAAGGGUACUGGCACCAGGAACCGGCACUGUGCGAGGACAGGUGUGGGAGCAAUGACAGCGGCGUGAGCUUGACCGUUAAGGCCGGUGACUUGCUCCCCACCGCGAGGAAAUGUGGCAAACGCACACACAGCAGGUAGCCCAAAGCAGAGGCACCGGCGUAAAACACGCGCAGAAACACAGAAGCAUGUGCUGACCUCUGACCCCUAGUGGUCUGGCCUGACCCCACCCCCCCCCCCCAACACAGAAGACGUGUGGCUUUCUUGGACAGCUGUCCACCCGUGACCUCCUUGACCUCUGAAGUCUGACCCGUCUGUGCGUGUGAGAGCAUGCAUGAGCCCCUCUCCCUCUCACACACACAGCAACAGUGACUACUAGCCCUACCCUCACACUCACACCCCUGGCUCACUCCCCUGCACACACACAGGCCAGCAUGUUUUCAGCUAAACUGGACCCUAGGAAGGAUGUGUGUGUGUGAAUGCCUUCGGUGACGCACAAAGUGAUGAGGGUCAUGAAACAGAGGGAAUCCUACACACCAGUGACUGGGCCAGCAUCUGGAAUCUCUUAAGAGUCGAUACAUACAAAGGACUAUAUUUACGCAGUGCAGGGAUUUUGGGGGGUUGGGGGGUCAUCAGCGGACACAGACGCAGAGUGUGCGCAGCUGGCUGACAUGCCUGCAUGUGUCUCUGUGCCCAUGUGUGUCUGCGAAGUGCGCUCACCUGCGCCUGUGUGGUGCGCUUGUCUGUGGUUGCAUGUGUGCCUGCGCGCUGCGCUCACCUAUGCCAACGCUAUGUGGUGCGCUCGCCUGUGUCUGUGGCAGACUCCUGGCCAUUUUUAGCAGCGGGUCCCCAUGUGCAGCUGGUGUGAGUCACCCCCGCGGCCGGCCGCAGGGAGAGCGUGGGAGUGGCGCAGCGCGGCUGGUCAAAUAAAAAUAGCCCUGUGUGUCGGUGUCUGCCGUGAAUGCCGGCGGAAGAUGAUGAAACCAGAGAGGGUGAUGAUUCACGCAAACCAGUCAGGCAGCAGUGCGCGUGUGUGUGUGUGGACGCGAGUUCUUUAGAGUCUGGCCCCAUGCCCUCACUUGACAUGCUGGCCCCUCCCACGUUACCAUGGUAGCAAAUUAAAUACCCGGACAGUCGUCUAGCUGACAUGGCAACCACCCCCCCCGUCCACGGCGCACGGCCAGGAAGGAUCAGGAGCUGCUCCUGCACCCAGUGACCCAGGAACCCCCCCCAGGAAGAGACUGAGCUGCCUGGAAGCACUAAUGCUAACACAGCUACAGGUCAAGCCUGCGUGCAUGUCGCUGACCGGAAGCCCGUCGGCUGUGCUCCCCCGGUGGCUGGAGGUUGAAGCACGCUCUCAGUACAAUAAGAGAGAGAGAGUCUGAGGAAGGAGGAGUUUUACAGAGGGAGGGGGGGCUUCUGAAGCCUGAAGCCUCCUAACCCGACUUCAAAGGCUUCCCGUAAUUACGCAAACAUGCACUCCCCCCCCCACACACGAAAACAUGCCACGUAUAAACACAAACGCACGUGCAGACACAACAGACCCAGUCUACCAGGUCAACGGCCUGAGGAAGGGUGUGUGUGUGGGGUGGGGGGGGGCGGUAUGCAGGGUAUGCAGGGUAUGCAGAGCCAGGUGUUCAAGUGCUCACAGCCCUUUAGAGGGCUUUAACACAUUAGCAGCCCCACCCCCAUCAUCCAUUGUGAACAACCCAGAGGCAAACAAAACUGAUCCGGGAUCAGCAGGUAAAGAUCCAAUGCAAGGAUGCUGCCCACUUCGGCUGCGCUUGGCCGAACAUUCCUUAAGCCGACACGCAGCUGUGAGUCUCCUCACACCAUGUCGGUGCACACGCGUGCCGGGCCCCGCACACAGACAUGCAGAGCCAGAUGGGACACGCACAGAUGGAUGGCGGCUGCAGGAAAUGGCCCCAAUACACCAAUGCAGGUGGAGAACGAGCGCAGCUGUCUGUCAGGGAGAGGAGAGAGAGACACGCAGACGCACAGCCAUACCCUUACAGCUAUGCUGCUCCCUGUGUGCAGCUCUGAAGGCACAAACAUUACAGGCCACUUAAUUGCCACACUCAGAUUAAAAAAAAAGUAACAAAACACUGCCUUGUUAAACUUUUAUCACAAGAAAAUAUCAGUACUUAAAACAAAUGUAACCGCCUGGUUUUCAGUAUCUUUUAGCUUGUAGUAACACAUUACUAAGCCACAAAGGCUGAAACAAUCAGUUUUGAAAGACAAAUCAGGUCUGUCUUUAGUGCAUUGACAAUCGCUUUGCGUUGGAAUUCUGUUUAUUAAUGUCAGAACGUGAUUUGCUCUUGGCCUCUCCUGAAACGACGGCCACUUGUCUGCCUCAUCCCAGAUCAGUUUCAGAGGUUUAAUGUCCUCGUUUUCUGUUGUACGGUAUCACAACUGAUAUCAGAAUUUCUGAUGACGUAUUUCUAGUGUCACAGUCUUUAUGUUUGCAAUGGCUAGAAAGACAUAGCUAAUAACUGAACAGAGAGCUCAAAACAAAAUGAAAAAUUGGAGUGACCUACUGUUUGCUGGGAAAAAGGUUGACAGGAAGCAACAGUGACCGGAAACAGUCUGGGGCAUGAAGGUGACAUCAAAGGCAGAAGAUCGAAACUUAGUUGUGAUGUUCAAAAGAAAUUGGAAGAUGACUAACGGUCUGAGGGCUGCGAUUC